CGCUCCACACAUCCCCUGCUCCUCUCUACUCUACACACAACCCACCAGAACCACGCAACGACUAUUACCUGCUGCCGUAUUACGACAACUCUACAAGAUUACAUCAUCAUGGCGUUACGAGAAGGCGACCCGCACAUAGCAAGACUCUUCAAGUCCGUACAGAAAGAGUACCCAGAACCGGUCGAGGCAAGAUUAAAAGGAAAACUUCCAGAAUGGUUAGAAGGGAGCCUCAUCCGGAAUGGCCCUGGAUUAUUUGAGGUAGGCGAAACUUCCUACAAACACUGGUUCGACGGUCUGUCGCUCCUCCAUCGGUUCAGCUUCGAGAAGGGCCGCGUUACGUACCACAACCGGUUCCUCCGAAGUGACGCCUACACCAAAGCCAAGAAGUACAACAAAAUAAUCUACGGGGAGUUUGGCACGGUCGGGAUACCAGACCCUUGCAAGAACAUUCUGGAGAGAUUCGCCAGUCAUUUCGUUCCCAUUAGUACUACGGAUAACAACUUGAUCAACUUCUAUAAGAUUGGGGACGAGGUUUACACUUCGACGGAGACGAACACACCCAUUCAGAUCAACGUUAAAGAUCUCAGCACAGGCCCAAAGAUUAAUAUGUUUCGCGCCUUUUGGACGAUGACAGCAACUGCGCAUGGGCAAGUCGACCACGACGGUUAUACGUAUAACAUAGGAACAUCUUACUUCACCGGGUGCAACUACAAUAUCAUCAAGUUCAACCAUAAAUGUAAAGAAGACCCAACCCAAUCAGCAAAGAUCAUCUGCACCAUUCCGGCCCGUUACAAGACCCGGCCGUCCUAUUACCACAGUUUCGGCAUGACCGAGAACUACUUCGUCUUCCUAGAGCAGACCCUCUUCAUCAGCGUUCCCAAGCUCGCCACCUCUACCAUCCUCCAGAUACCCGUCUGCGAGUGCCUACAGUACGACCCCAACGACACCUCCCUCUUCCACGUCAUCAAGAAGACAACUGGCGAGGUACUCCCCAUCAAGUUCGCGGCCGGACCGCUCUUUGGGAUGCACACGAUAAACUCGUACGAGCAAGACGGACAGAUCGUCUUCGAUAUCUGUUGCUUUCCUGAUGACUCGCUGAUCAAGAAGUUCUACCUCGAGUACCUGAGAAAUGGCGAUGCGAACGGCAAGAGAAAUUUCCCCAGAGCCGAGGUCCGCAGAUACGUCUUACCUUUAAACAUUGACCUGACUAAAACCUCUCGCGGUGUCAAUUUAGUAACACUACCGGACACUUCAGCCACUGCAGUACUUCACGAAGAUGGUGUAGUUUUCCUCACCCACGAUAUAUUUUCACCAAUAGGAUUUGACAUGCCAAACAUAAAUCAGAGAGUUAACGGGCGUGCGUAUAGAUACGUGUACGGCAACUGCAAUAAAUCUCUAGGAGAUUUUGUUAAUACCAUUGUUAAGACGGACAUCAAAACGAGAACAUGCGAAGUGUGGCACGAGGACUACUGCUACCCGUCCGAGCCGGUCUUCGUCGAAGCCCCGGGGGCCGUGAAAGAAGAUGACGGUGUUAUUCUGUCAAGUGUUCUCAAUUCGAAAACGGGCAGAGCAUUUCUACUUGUUCUCAACGCUUCGGACUUAAAGGAACUCUCCCGAGCUGAAAUUCCUGCUGAUGUAGAGUGUGGUUUAACAUUUCAUGGUCAGUUUGUUCAAUGAUGGAUGUCGCCUUUAAAAGGCAACGUUCGUUGACGAUCAUUGAGGAUGACGAUCAUUGAGAACUGUUCCGUGGAGAUCACUUCGAAGGAACUGUUUAUCGAAGCUCCUCUUGAAAGAACUUGAUAUUGUACUGCGUCACCUGAAGUAGACCCCAUUUGCGAUUGGGUUCCCAUUCUCAAUUCGGGCUCAGGUUUGCAGACCGUUCACCGAAGCUCCUCCUGAAAGAACUUGAUCUAGUCGGUCUACUGCGUCACCUGAAGUAGACCCCAUUUGCGAUUGGGUUCCCAUUCUCAAUUCGGGCUCAGGUUUGCAGACCGUUCACCGAAGCUCCUCUUGAAAGAACUUGAUCUAGUCGGUCUACUGCGUCACCUGAAGUAGACCCCAUUUGCGAUUGGGUUCCCAUUCUCAAUUCGGGCUCAGGUUUGCAGACCGUUCACCGAAGCUCCUCCUGAAAGAACUUGAUCUAGUCGGUCUACUGCGUCACCUGAAGUGGACCCCAUUUGCGAUUGGGUUCUCAUUCUCAAUUCGGGCUCAGGUUUGCAGACCGUUCACCGAAGCUCCUCUUGAAAGAACUUGAUCUAGUUGGUCUACUGCGUCACCUGAAGUAGACCCCAUUUGCGAUUGGGUUCCCAUUCUCAAUUCGGGCUCAGGUUUGCAGACCGUUCACCGAAGCUCCUCUUGAAAGAACUUGAUCUAGUUGGUCUACUGCGUCACCUGAAGUAGACCCCAUUUGCGAUUGGGUUCCCAUUCUCAAUUCGGGCUCAGGUUUGCAGACCGUUCACCGAAGCUCCUCCUGAAAGAACUUGAUCUAGUUGGUCUACUGCGUCACCUGAAGUAGACCCCAUUUGCGAUUUGGUUCCCAUUCUCAAUUCGGGCUCAGGUUUGCAGACCGUUCACGGCGGAAUCUGACGUAGAUUCGUACUUCGUCACUAGACCAAACUAGAAAAGGCGAGGUUUGGAGCAGCACGAGAUGUAGCAUUGCGGCUGCGCACGAGGUCCAGACGGCACAUGAAAGAUCAACACAGAUUGAAGUGUUGAGAAUAGUAUAGAUCUAAUCCCAAAGAAAGAACAGAAAAUAGAACUACUUCUAUUCCAGCAGCAGCCACAUGUGCGAUUGUUACAAAUUCCCCUUCCUCCCAAGAUCUUUUGCAGAAUGGUACUAACUACCACAAGAUAUUCGCGAAGCACCAACUAUUUGUAUUUUUAAGAGUAAACUUCAAGCUAUGGACAUGGGUAACAUCAUUAGGGGGGCCCAACGUAAAUCUUGCUGCUCAGUCAUCCUGCACGUGUACAUCCCGCUAUGUGGAGAUUAUGCAGCAAUGGAAGACUUUUGGGACGUUUGGUGGCAGCAGACUUACCAUGUAAAAUCCAUUGUUCUCGGUCAUGUGCGCACGCUCAGAACUACGUAAACAAUGGAAAUUGACCUGGUAAGUCUGCUGCCACCUAGCGUCCCAAAGUCUCCUAUUAAUCGGAAACAGAACCACCCAGAUAUACUUGACCAUCUCACGUAUUCACUAAAACUGCUGCAUCCAACUUGGGUUGACUUACACCACAGUCAACCAUAGAGAGAGACUCUAGUGUUCAACAUUCAGCACUAUCUACACAACUUGCCAAAUUACAGAGUUGCUGAAUUUGUAUGAACUGAAAUGAGUGAAAGCAACAUUUAAUGUACUCUUCCUUCUUAAGAUAUGCAACUACGUCUUGACUUUUCAGAGAUUAUUUAAGAGGUACACAUGUCGGUUGCAAUGUGCUUAUAGGUAUACAUUACUGGCCUUGCGUAUUAUUUACUGAAUUCACUUCUAAAAUGUUUGCCUAUUAAAACAAAAAUAAUGUUUGGUAAUUUGCCAUGUAGUUAUUAUUAAAUUAAUAAUACAGCGAAACCACAUGUGCCUUAAUUAAUAACAGGAUGGACGUUUAUUAUUUUGUACUCCACAACUGUAAAAUGAAGUGUAACAAUGUGUGAAUCUAAACUAUUAUUAUAUCACAAGUGCCAACUUAACAGGUAAAGUGAUACUUAUUAUUAUUACCUACAACCUGUAAUAUAAACCAAGUGCAAUAUUAAUUGGUAAUGAAUUAUUAUUUUAAAUACCACUGCCGAAAUAGAACAGUCGAAAUUGUACGUAAAUAAAAAUGUGUUUUAAAUAAGUUAUUUUAACAGCGAAGGUAUAAUAGCGAAUGAGUAUAGACAAGUUCAGCAGGGUACCAGUAUGUGUUGUGCUCACCUAUCUUGUGACGUCACGGUUCAUUACAGGGCAGACAAUCGGGCGAUAACAAUUUAUAAGAAAAUAAUAAUGGAGAUUGUUAUCUCGCUCUUAGGCACCAGUCUAUAUUACAAAUUGUCUCCUUACUUUUUGGUUUUGAUGUAACUUUAAACAUUGAACCCAUGAUGACCUUACAGAUACUAUUUCGAUACAAAACCACAAAUUCGGUCAAGAAACUGUUGCCAUUACGAAACAGUGACCAAUAUUGACAAUUAUGUUUUAUCCUUUUGUGUGAAGUGCAUAGUACUAAAAACCUUUGUGUUUGAAACACAACAAGAAUAUGUUUAUGUAAUAGAAUUAGUAUGCGUUAUAAAGGGUAAAGGUGUAUACGAGUGUUUCUACUUUUAGGGUUUCUAUAUUAUUGCGAAACAUUUCGUUGAGAAACAAAAAAGGGUUGCCUGUUUCAAAGGUCAUUUCCGAAACUACGGUUUUAGCUUGGGCUUUGGCUCUGUCGGUAUUUAGAAAACGUGCGUUUUCCUUACGGGGAUUCAAUCCGCAUGGCCCAAGCCCGAGCCCUAUAGGCCCUGGUUUCGAAAAGACCCAAAGAGUCUCUAAAAAAUAUCGCAUUGUGGUCACUCAUCUUUACCUUGUUCCCUGUAUGCUAACACAAUUAAGCGUUCCCAUAAAUCAGGGCACCUGACCAUUUUUACAGUCUGCCUCGACUUGGGUUUGCAAGAUUGACAAGAUGGCGUCCGAAUGUUGCAAACGGAUUGAACAUUUUUUUAUAAAAAGUUAACGUUGAACUAAACCUCGUGCUACAAAUAUUUAUUUGAAUUUUUGUUUGCAUGUUUCUGUGAGGGUUCUCGCUUUCCAUGUGACUGAACCACCUUUUGUCAAAAAAAAAGGUCUCAAUAUUUUACAAAUUGUUUCAACUGCUCUUAAAGGGUAUAUGUACUUUUU